GAGGAGCUCUGCGGCGGCGGGCGGCCGUGGCGAAAGUGCGGCUGCGGAAGCGCGGCGAGGCGGGCGGCGCGGGAGGAAGCUGGGCGGCGGCGGGCGCUCGGGCCGGCGGGCGGGCGCCAUGGGCCGCCUGCACUGCACGCAGGACCCGGUGCCGGAGGCCGUGGGCGGCGACAUGCAGCAGCUGAACCAGCUGGGCGUGCAGCAGUUCUCAGCCCUGACAGAAGUGCUUUUCCACUUCCUAACUGAGCCGAAAGAGGUGGAGAGGUUUCUGGCGCAGCUCUCGGAAUUUGCCACCACCAAUCAGAUCAGUCUCAGCCCCCUCAGAAGCAUCGUGAAAAGCCUCCUUCUGGUCCCUAAUGGUGCCUUGAAGAAGAGUCUCUCAGCUGAGCAGGUCCGGGCCGAUCUCGUGACUCUGGGUCUUAAUGAGGAGAAAGCCACUUACUUUUCUGAAAAGUGGAAGCAGACUGCCCCCACCCUUGCUCGAUGGGCCAUAGGUCAGACUCUGAUGAUUAACCAGCUGAUAGACAUGGAGUGGAAAUUUGGAGUGACAUCUGGGAGCAGUGAACUGGAAAAAGUGGGAAGUAUUUUUUUACAAUUAAAGUUGGUGGUUAAGAAAGGAAAUCAAACUGAAAAUAUAUAUAUCGAAUUAACCUUGCCUCAGUUCUACAGCUUCCUGCACGAGAUGGAGCGAGUCAGAGCCAGCAUGGAGUGUUUCGGCUGAUUUCUGUCCCCCUGCAUCUCCGCUGUGCCCCCUUCUCUUCCGCAGUGACCACCCUGAGAGGCACCCACUCCCGGGCUUGCAGGGCCUGAUCUGUCCCUGCUUCCUCCUCGGAGCCCAGGUGCAAAGGUUUCUGAAAAACAACAGGAUUAAGUGCUCAAAGGGCCCUACACAAUUACCUGUGAACUCUCUGUGAGGGAACCUCCACCGCCUCUCUCCCAGGACCCUUUUGAUGUUCAGACGGCUUUUGCAUCUCAGAUUCAGGGGAGGAAAUAAAUUGAGUCCCUCCUUACCCCCAUCAAAGUUCCAGAGUAAAUAAAUGGUUCCAUCACUCAAGAUACGCGCUGAUCACCCUUCCCACAAAAAACCAUGGGCUUGUUUAUGGCUGAGGAAGAGGCUGUGAGUGACGCCUGUGGGGAGCCCCCAGCCACGUCUCUACCAUGUGUUUGUGGUGCUGCGUUGCUCAGCGGUUGUUAGUGGGGCACCUGUGUAUAAAUACGUGCUCGGUCUCCUCUGACAAGAACGGAGGCUGACCUCUGUCCUCGUUUCUGGUUUGCCCUGUUGUGUUGUAAUGAGGUGGGCCUUUUGAGGCUAUUUUAGCUUGUCUAGCUGACCCUCUCUGUUGGUUAGAUGAUGAAUAAAACAGGUUCUGGGGAAAAGGCCAGAAUCCAGUUGUCUCUGUGCGUGGAUUGAAGUCAUCUGCCUUGCAGAGAGCUCGUGCUCUGAUCUUCAGAAAUUGUCUUCCUGGUCGGGGGUCUCUAGCGAAAUUAGCUGUGGUCCCAAGAUGGAAUUUGUAAGAGCAGUUCAGGGGAAUUUGGGUUCAAAACAUCGUGAACAGCAGAGCAUACGACUGCUGUGUGUUCAGAUGACUUCAGCCCCCACCCUCGCACGUGACUUCUCCCCUCCCCCCCUUCCUCAGAAUUUUUUAAAAGUUUUGAAUAGAUGAUACAUGCCAUGAUUCAGAAGCUGCAGUGUACAGAAUUCCUCUUCCCCUCCGUUCCCUGCUGCCCCUCCCCAGAGGCAACCACUGUUACUAGUUUAUCCUCUCUGCUUCUAGGAAGAGUUCAUGCAUUUGCACAUAGUCACAGAGUUUGACUUUUCUUCCCGCAUAGACAGUAGUGUCCUAUACCUUAUUCACACAGCAUCCCGCACCUUGUACACACAGCAUCCCAUACCUUUUACACACAGCAUCCCACCCCUUGUACACCCAGCAUCCCACCCCUUGUACACACAGCGUCCCACCCCUUGUACACACAGCGUCCCACACCUUGUACGCACAGCAUCCCACCCCUUGUACACCCAGCAUCCCACCCCUUGUACACCCAGCGUCCCACCCCUUGUACACCCAGCGUCCCACCCCUUGUACACACAGCGUUCCACACCUUGUACACACAGCGUCCCACCCCUUGUACACACAGCAUCCCAUACCUUGUACACACAGCAUCCCACCUCUUGUACACACAGCAUCCCACACCUUGUACAUACAGCGUCCCACCCCUUGUACACACAGCGUCCCACACCAUGUGCACACAGCACCCUGUACCUUAUACACACAGCAUCCCAUACCUUGUACACACAGCACCCUGUACCUUAUACACACAGCAUCCCAUACCGUGUACACACAGCAUCCCACACCUUGUACACACAGCGUCCUGUCCCUUGUACACACAGCAUCCUGCCCCUUGUAUACACAGUGUCCCGCACCUUGCUUUUUUCAUUUAACUUGGGAAUCAUUCCAUAUCAGACCAGGGAGAGCAACCUCAUUCUUUGUAACAGAUACACCAUGUUUCUUCGAAGGGGUGAUUCAUGUAACUGGUUUCCUGCUGAUAGGUGUUUAGGGUGUUUCCGUUCUUUUUCUCUUAUAAACAGUGCUGCAGCUGAAUGUUUCGUAUGUGGUCACUGCAUGCGUGGAGGUAUAUUGAUAAGGUAGAUAUGUGGAUGUGGAAUUGCUGGCUCAAAGAAUAUGUGCACUAAUCAAAGAACGUAAAAAGGAAUAAAGCAAAAACGUCCCUCUA